UUGGCCAGUGGCCUGCAGAGAGAGGGAGGGGCGGGGGAGACACCGAGCGUCAAAGACCUUGCCCGAGAGAUAAGGUAGAGCCCAGAGGAAGCGGGGUAGGAGCCCCGGAGUAGGAGAAGGAGAGAGGGAGGGCGGAGGGGCGGCGGGAGGAGGGCGGGGAGGAGCGCUCUUCCUGGUUGGGCCCUGCCCUGAGCUGCCACUGGGAAGCCAGCUGCAGGGACCGCAGCGACCCCCAAACCCUCCUCCCCCAGGAUGGCGGAGGAGAUCAUCACACCAGUAUACUGCACUGGGGUGUCAGCACAAGUGCAGAAGCAGCGGGCCAAGGAGCUGGGCCUGGGACGCCAUGAGAAUGCCAUCAAGUACAUGGGCCAGGAUUAUGAGCAACUGCGGGCUCGGUGCCUGCAGAGUGGAACCCUCUUCCGUGAUGAGGCCUUCCCUCCAGUGCCUCAGAGCCUAGGAUUCAAGGACUUGGGUCCCAACUCCUCUAAGACCUAUGGCAUCAAGUGGAAGCGUCCCACGGAGCUGCUGUCAAACCCCCAGUUCAUUGUGGAUGGAGCUACCCGCACAGACAUCUGCCAGGGAGCGCUAGGGGACUGUUGGCUCCUGGCUGCCAUCGCCUCCCUCACUCUGAACGACACCCUUCUGCACCGAGUGGUUCCACACGGCCAGAGCUUCCAGAAUGGCUAUGCUGGCAUCUUCCAUUUCCAGCUGUGGCAAUUCGGGGAGUGGGUAGAUGUGGUCGUGGAUGACAUGCUGCCCAUCAAGGAUGGGAAGCUGGUGUUCGUGCACUCUGCUGAGGGCAACGAGUUCUGGAGCGCCCUGCUCGAGAAGGCCUACGCUAAGGUAAAUGGCAGCUAUGAGGCCCUGUCAGGGGGCAGCACCUCAGAGGGCUUCGAGGACUUCACAGGAGGAGUCACUGAGUGGUAUGAGCUGCGCAAGGCACCCAGUGACCUCUACCAGAUCAUCCUCAAGGCACUGGAGCGAGGCUCUCUGCUGGGCUGCUCCAUUGAUAUCUCCAGUGUUCUAGACAUGGAGGCGAUCACCUUUAAGAAGCUGGUGAAGGGCCACGCCUACUCUGUGACCGGGGCCAAGCAGGUGAACUACCGGGGCCAGAUGGUGAACCUGAUCCGGAUGCGGAACCCCUGGGGCGAGGUGGAGUGGACAGGAGCCUGGAGUGAUGGCUCUUCAGAGUGGAACAAUGUGGAUCCUUACGAACGGGAGCAGCUCCGGAUCAAGAUGGAGGAUGGGGAGUUCUGGAUGUCAUUCCGAGACUUCCUGCGUGAGUUUACCCGCCUGGAGAUCUGCAACCUGACGCCCGAUGCACUCAAGAGCCGGUCACUGCGCAAUUGGAACACCGUGCUGUACGAGGGCACCUGGCGGCGGGGCAGCACUGCGGGGGGCUGCCGGAACUACCCAGCCACCUUCUGGGUGAACCCCCAGUUCAAGAUUCAGCUGGAGGAGGUGGAUGACCCAGAUGACUAUGGCGACCGUGAGUCAGGCUGCAGCUUUGUGCUGGCCCUCAUGCAGAAGCACCGCCGCCGGGAGCGCCGCUUUGGCCGGGACAUGGAGACCAUUGGCUUUGCUGUCUACGAGGUCCCUCCACAGCUGGUGGGCCAGCCGGCUGUGCACUUGAAGCGCGACUUCUUCCUGGCCAAUGCGUCUCGGGCACGCUCAGAGCAAUUCAUUAACCUCCGGGAGGUUAGCACCCGCUUCCGCCUACCACCUGGGGAGUAUGUCGUGGUACCCUCCACCUUCGAGCCCAACAAAGAGGGUGACUUUGUACUCCGCUUCUUCUCGGAAAAAAGUGCUGGGACCCAGGAGCUGGAUGACCAGAUCCAGGCCAAUCUCCCUGACGAGCAAGUGCUCUCAGAAGAGGAGAUUGAUGACAACUUCAAGGCCCUCUUCAGGCAACUGGCAGGGGAGGACAUGGAGAUCAGCGUCAAGGAGCUUCGGACCAUCCUUAACAGGAUCAUUAGCAAACACAAAGACCUGCGGACCAAGGGCUUCAGCCUAGAGUCGUGCCGCAGCAUGGUGAAUCUCAUGGAUCGCGAUGGCAAUGGGAAGCUAGGCCUGGUAGAGUUCAACAUCCUAUGGAAUCGUAUCCGGAACUACCUGAACAUCUUCCGGAAGUUUGACCUGGACAAGUCAGGCAGCAUGAGUGCCUACGAGAUGCGAAUGGCCAUCGAGUCUGCAGGCUUCAAGCUCAACAAGAAGCUGUACGAGCUCAUUAUCACCCGCUACUCUGAGCCUGACCUGGCUGUUGACUUUGACAACUUUGUGUGCUGCCUGGUGCGGCUGGAAACCAUGUUCCGAUUUUUCAAAACUCUGGACACAGAUCUGGAUGGAGUUGUGACCUUUGAUUUAUUUAAGUGGUUACAGCUGACCAUGUUCGCAUGAGGCGGGGCCAGGGGUCCCUUGCCGAGCUCCUCUCUCCUUUUCUGUCUGCCAAGCCACACCUGCCUCGCCAUGCCAGGUCAUGCCAGCUGCAAGUGCCUUCCUCAGAGCCGGGAGAUGUCCACCCUCCUGUCCCCUCCCCUCCCAGUCAUGCUGGGUCAUCUGCCCUGGGCUGAACUGUGUGGCCCUCCCUGCCUGUGCCAGCCUUGGGCUCAGGAUGGCCCCCCGGCCCUUCCCAUCACCACAUCAGGAAGGCAGCUUUUGCUUGUCCCUGCCUCAGGACAGCCCCAGGCCCCUCAAGUAUCCACAUGUGUCUGCUCCCCUCACUUCAGAGGCCAUUCACCCAGCCUGACCCACCUGGCCUCACCUGUGGACUAUAAACUCUAACCACUAGCCCUGCACACUCUGUAAUCCAGGUGUGUGGAGCCCCCUCCCAGCUGGGAGAACCCCUGGGGCUGGAAACACCUGUGCCUUCCCACAGAAGUCAAGGCCCCCUCUCUGCCCUCCAGCCCAGCCCACCCUCCAGUCCUGCCCAGCCUGGAGGGUGGUCAGGGCUUCCCUCCCUCCUCCUUUUUUAUAUUGGGAAUUUUAAAGGGGACUUUUUAGGAACCGUUGUACUUACUGGCUAUGGGGGUGCCAGAGGACUAGGCAUGGGGUGGGGAGGUCCCAUGUUUCCAUUCAGAGGAACCCCAAAUAAUAAAGGAAUAAGCCCCA